AUGCUUCAUUUUCAAAUUUAUUAUUCUGAUACUCUAUAUUUUACUCCUUAAUAUCAGAGGCUAUAUGAAACAAUUAUAGUUUUGGACUCAAUAGAUUUUUGGAUAAUUAAAGCUAUAAGAAAAUAGUUAAAUUAGGAAAAUUAGUCAGACUACGUUGGUGGGUUGAUCGAUUUUGGAAAUGAGAGUUGGGUUUUUGAGACUUCAUCUUAAUAGAAAGGAGAAGUUCAAAUGAUUCAUAGCAGAAUAUAUUGGUUCGCUUAGUUAUUUAUGUUUUUGAUGUUAGUUGGAAUGUUUAUAAUCAAUGCAUCAUGGCUACAAAUAAGUGCCCUAUUAGGCAUGUUUUUUCCAACUGCAUUCAAUGGAUAUAACUUAUAUGCUUUUAAUUUGUGUAAUAAAUUAAGAGAUCCAAAUUAGAGGAAUCAUUCUUAUAGAUGA